AUGGAGCUAGAGCUAGAGCCGGUGCCGGCGCCGGCGCCGCAAGUCAGUGGAGUCGGUGGCCCGACGGCGCGCCGCAUCGUGGUGGCCCACCGGCUCCCCCUCCGCGCGGCGGAGGACCCGGACUCGCCAUUCGGCUUCUCCUUCUCCAUCGACCCCGACGCGGUGGCGUUCCAGCUGUCGCGCGGCCUUCCGGCGCCCGUCACCUUCAUCGGCACGCUGCCCGCCUCGGCCGAAUCCAAGAUCGUCCCCUCCGACGAGCUCGACAACUACCUCAUGGAGAAUUUCUCCUUCCUCCCCGUGUACCUCGACGGCGCCCGCCACAACGAGUUCUACGACGACUUCUGCAAGCACUACAUGUGGCCGCUGGUCCACUACCUGCUGCCGCUCUCGCCGGCCCACGACGGCGACCUGCGCUUCGAUGCCGGUAUGUACCGCACCUUCCUCGCGGUGAACAAGCAGUUCGCGGACCGCGUCAUCGAGGUGGUCUCGCCGGACGACGGCGACCUCGUCAUCGUCAACGACUACCACCUCUGGGUGCUCCCCACCUUCCUCCGCCGCAAGUGCCCGCGCGCCGGCGUUGGGUUCUUCCUCCACUCGCCGUUCCCCUCCCCCGAGAUCUUCAGCGCCGUCCCCGUCCGCGACGAUCUCCUCCGAGGUCUCCUCAACGCGGACCUCGUCGGCUUCCAGACGGCCGACUACGAGCGCCACUUCGUGACAUGCUGCUCGCGCCACCUCGGCGUCUCCGGCGGCGCCUGGACCGGGCACACGACGGGCAUCAACUACCACGGCCGGACCGUCGUGGUCAAGACCCUCUCCGUCGGCCUCGACUUGGGCCGGCUCCGGGCUACGCUGGCCACGCCGGAGGCCGCCGCCAAGGCGAAGGAGAUCGCGGAGGCGUACCUCGGGCGGACGCUCAUCGUCGGCGUGGACGACGUCGACCUCUUCAAGGGCGUGAAGCUGAAGCUUCUCGCCAUGGAGAAGAUGCUGGAGACGCACUCCGACAUGCACGAGCAGGUGGUGCUCGUGCAGAUAAACAACCCGGCGCGCAGCCGGGGCCGCGACGUCGACGGCGUCCGCGGCGAGACGCAGCAGAUACUGCAGCGCAUCAACACGCGCUUCGCGAGGGCCGAUACAGCCCCGGUGGUCAUGAUCGACGGCCCCGUGCCCAUUUCCGAGAAGGUGGCCUACUAUGCCGCCGCCGACUGUUGCGUCGUCAGCGCCGUGCGCGACGGGCUGAACCGGGUCCCCUACUUCUACACGGCGUGCCGCGAGGAGGCGCCCGGCGCGCGGAAGCACAGCGCUGUCGUGGUGUCCGAGUUGGCCGGGUGCUCGCCGACGCUGCGCGGCGCGAUCCGCGUGGACCCGUGGGACCUGGAGGGCAUGGCCAACGCCAUGCACGCGGCGGUCACCACCAUGAGCGCCGAGGAGAAGCAGGCGAGGCACAGGAGCAACUACGACUACCUGCGCGCGAACGACGCCGUCACCUGGGCGCAGGCGUUCGACGCCGCCCUGCAGCUCGCCUGCAAGGACCACUCGACGACGUUGUUCGUCGGCCUCGGGUUGGGGAUGAGCUACCGCGUCGCCGCGGUCCAGCCGAGCAUCAGGACGCUCGCGACAGGAGCCCUGCUGUAG